GUUGAGUGUGUCGUAUCAAAAAUAUAAACACAUGUUUUGAUUAACAGUGAAGAUAUUUAGUACUUCGAAAGACGACAGCAUGUGUGAAAUGUAAUUUAGAUAAAAGACAACAAUGGACAAGAGAGAUGACUUUAACCCAUAUUAUGGGAUAGAAGAAGUUCAGUUCCGAUUUUACACAACAAAGGAUGUCAGGGCAUUGAGUGUGAAGGAAAUAACAAAUGUGGAGACCUUUGACACCCUCAACCAUCCAACAGUUGGGGGACUGUAUGAUCAGGCACUGGGCCCAUCGGAUGAGCAUGAUGUCUGUUUUACCUGUAACCAGCCAUCCUUGCAUUGCCCAGGCCAUAUGGGCCACAUGGAGCUGGCCAUGCCAGUCUUCAACCCUCUUCUCUUUAUGACCAUGCUACAGACACUACGGGCCACAUGUUUCACCUGUCACAGACUGAACGUCGACCCGAUUGCCUGCACACUGUUCCUGGCCGAGAGCCAACUUCUCGAGGCGGGGCUUGUUGCCGAGGCCGCCAUGUUGUCAUAUAGAUUCAGCGAGGAGGAUCGCAGUGAAGAUCGUAGCCAGCAUAAACAGCUAAUUGAGGAAACUGCUAAACAAUGCCUGCAAGGAAAGGCACGAGAACAGGACAAAAACAGUCACAGUUACAAGAAUGUCGAGGCCGUCAGACAGAGCAUUUCCAGCAUCUUCACCAAAGUUCAGAUGCGCAAAAACAAGAAGUGUGCUCACUGCCUCGCCAAGAGAAAAACACUGAGACAUGAGGAUCGCUCCAAAAUUUUCCUGGUUGGAACCCUUGCUGAUGCUCCUAAGGAAACGGGAAAAACAAAGGUCACAAACAACCAGACUGGUGAUGAUCCUGAAGAUGAUGGCGAUGACGAGGAAGAGGGGGAUAACUCGGACACCGAAGAGCCCGCCAGGAAAAGGAGUAGACCAGAUGUGAUAAAAUCUAAACAGAAGGGAAGCAGCGUGUCGAACAUAAGUAUGAUCACUCCAUUGAAGUUACGGGACCAUUUCCGCAAGGUGUGGUCAGCUGAUGGAGUGGUUCUACAGGAAGUCUACCCCGUACUGAAACACUCGGGCCUGGAGUUUCCGACUGACAUCUUCUUUCUGGAGGCAAUUCCUGUGCCACCUACAAAGUUCAGACCAAUCUCAGAGAUGCAUGAUCAGAAGUACGAACACUCGCAGACGUCAAACCUGCUGGCGAUACUGAAAGAUAACUCCCUGGUGCGUGACAUUCUCUGGGAGAUGGAGAAAUCCUCCGCAGACACGCAGGUCGGCCCCGGCAGCUUUUCCCGUGAACUGAACAUUAUUCCGGGGAAGACGCUUUAUGAAAAGUUGAGUGCCGCUUUGGCUCGACUACAGAUGAUGAUAAACCGGUUUCACGACAGCGAGGCUGACAAGUCACUUACUCAGGACAGCAAAAAAAAUAUUGGCAUUAAACAGGUGCUUGAGAAGAAGUCUGGUUUGUUUCGCAAGCACAUGAUGGGUAAACGUGUGAACUUUGCAGCACGUUCAGUUAUCUCCCCUGAUCCAAAUAUCAACACAAACGAAAUUGGUAUUCCCCUCGUGUUUGCCAAGGUGCUCACGUACCCUCAGCCCGUCACUCCCUGGAAUGUCCAUGAACUGAGACAGGCGGUCAUCAAUGGGCCCAGCAUCUACCCUGGUGCGACCCACAUCGUCGAGGAGAAUGGGCGUGUGACCCUACUGAAAGGGAACCAGCCAAUCCAGCGCCAGGCUCUUGCUAACUCCCUCCUUACACCAAGUCAGGUUGACGUCUCCAAACCCAUCAAUGGAACAAAGAAGGUGUUGAGACAUUUAAAGAAUGGGGAUGUGUUGCUGCUAAACAGACAGCCCACACUUCACAGGCCCAGUAUACAGGCACAUAAGGCUCGAGUUUUGAGUGGAGAGAAAACAUUGCGUCUUCACUAUGCCAACUGCAAGGCAUACAAUGCAGACUUUGAUGGAGAUGAGAUGAACGCCCAUUUCCCUCAAAACGAGAUCGCCAGGGCGGAAGCCUACAAUAUUGUGAGUACAGACUUUCAGUACCUUGUACCCAAGGACGGUACGCCAUUGGCCGGACUCAUCCAGGAUCACAUGGUGUCUGGGGUCACCCUUACAAUCAGGGGCAGGUUCUUUUCAAGGUCGGACUACUGUCGAUUGGUGUAUGGGGCCUUGGUGGAUUGUCCCGGGCGACUGAAGCUCCUCCCACCUGCCAUCUUGAAGCCCCAUCCCCUGUGGUCGGGCAAGCAGGUGCUCUCAACAGUUGUUCUGAACAUAAUACCUGCCGACAAACCUGCACUCUCACUCAUCGGCAAGGCCAAGAUACCAGAAAAGGUUUGGGUGAAGGCGGGUGUUAACAUGCCAGCUAUCAGCCAGUACGGGAUGGGGGAGAGUGAUGUUGUUAUACGCCAGGGGGAGCUACUUAUUGGGGUCCUGGAUAAGGGACACUAUGGGCCCACACCAUUUGGGCUUGUACACUGUAGUUAUGAGCUGUAUGGUGGUGGAGUUGCGGGCCAGAUGUUGACCUGUUUUGGUCGUCUGUUUAUGAACUUCCUCCAGCAGAGGGGCUUCACACUGGGAGUGGAGGAUAUUCUUGUCACCAGGAAGGCUGACAAAGCGCGAGCCAAAAUAGUCCGCAACUCUCCAAAGGUCGGUGGGGCUGUGGCUCGGAAGACCCUGGACAUGGAGAUGGGGACGGGUGACAGGGAAGUGGCCGAUGCCCUCAUGUCAGCCCAUUUCACACCAAACCAGCAACGGAUGAGAGAGCUUGAUAUGAAUAUGCGCAAUCAGACAAACGACAUCCAGAACUCCAUUGUCAAUACCUGUAUGCCAAAUGGCCUGCUGAAGCUGUUCCCAGAAAACAAUCUCCAGUUGAUGGUUGUGUCAGGAGCAAAAGGUUCCUCCGUGAACUGCAUGCAGAUCUCCUGCCUCCUUGGCCAGAUCGAACUUGAGGGCAAGCGGCCGCCGCUCAUGUUGAGCGGGAAAACCCUGCCCUCGUUCCUUGCGUACGACGUCACACCGCGGGCAGGAGGCUUCGUAACAGGGCGUUUUUUGACUGGAAUUCGUCAACAAGAGUACUUCUUUCAUUGUAUGGCUGGGAGAGAGGGUCUGAUUGACACGGCAGUGAAGACGUCUCGUAGUGGCUACCUGCAGCGUUGUCUCAUCAAACACUUGGAAGGCAUCAAGGUCGGCUAUGAUCUCACGGUGCGGGACAGUGACAACAGUGUUAUACAGUUUAACUAUGGGGAGGAUGGGUUAGAUCUUCACAAGACUGGUUUCCUGAAGCCCCGCCAGCUCCCGUUUCUCGUAGAAAACCAAGGUGUGAUCUCAAGUGUGCAACCUCGCUGCUCACAAGAUGAUGAGGCACCUGGCAAGAUCUCUUACCUUGAGAAAAAGAUACAAAAAUGGCGCAAAAAGCAUGGCCAGGGGGAAGGGAAGAAGGUGCGAACAUCGGGAUUUCUGAGUUUCUGUCAGCUGGUAGAGCCUUCUGGAGAAAAGGCCCUGAAAGGGGUACCUGGCCGGAAAUUGCGUGAUUCACAGUUGUGUAAAAUGUGGAAGGGCCUCAGUAACAAGGAGAGAGAAAAGUACGGGCGAUACCAAGGUCGGUGCCCUGAUCCCGUGAUGUCCCAGUUCUCCCAGUACCUGCCCCGUGUGCUGCCCGAGAAACUAGACGCGGAGAUAAGGAGUUUCUCUAAACAACAACUGAGCGGUCUUGGCAUGUCAGAAUCAAAGUUCUGGGAAAUGAUGUCAUUGAAAGUACAGCGGGCGGUGGUUGAGCCUGGGGAACCAGUUGGGCUUCUCAGUGCCCAGUCUAUCGGAGAGCCUUCAACCCAGAUGACCUUGAACACGUUCCACUUCGCUGGUCGUAAUGAGAUGAACGUGACACUGGGAAUUCCCCGUCUUCGGGAGGUUCUCAUGGUGGGCUCCCGACAGAUCAAGACACCCGCCAUCGACGUGCCCGUGGUGCCUGGAGGUCCAGCGAAGGACCGAGCACGGGAGCUCCAGAAACACUUGACAAAAGUACACUUGAAAGAGCUAUUACAAGAUGUGGAGGUUGUGGAAUGGUUGGCUAUUGAGGGUCGUAUGAAACAUCAACGGCGACGCAUGUUCAAGGUCACCUUCCACUUCCUGCCGUGGUCAUGUUACCGUGACAAGUUUGCUGUGAAACCAGACCAGGUGAUCCGCUUCCUUGAGAAAGUAUAUGUGAAGAAACUGUUACAGCACAUCCGCUUCACCAUCAACAAGCAGGCAAAGAGAAGGUUGAUGUCGAGUGGAAGCACAAAGCGUGUGGUGGAGCGUGCUCCGGCUGAGGAUGAGGAACCAAUGGCUGAGCCUGAGACAGAGGAAGGACAGGAAGUGUUAGACGCAGACGAUGGGGAUGAUACGGCAACAGGGCAGAAACGGAAAAAAGAUGAGGAACAAGAGUAUGAGGAUGGGGAGGAGGACGGAGCAGAAACAGGGGGCAACACAGAGGUGCAAGAUACAGAAGAUGUGGUUAUGGAUGAGGAUGAGGAAGUUCCCAGCGACAUGGAGGACAUUGAUGAGGCCCUUAUAGCCGAGUAUGAGGAGAAAGAUACUGAUUCUGACAGUGUCAACCAUCGCAUCAAUACUGUGCUGCAAUUGGCUGGUGAGGUAGCAGGCUACAAGUUUGACACCAAGAAGAAACAGUGGGCAGAACUCACACUCAGUUUCCCACUGGUGGACAGCAAGCUGGACCUGUUGGCACUGGUCGAAAGUCACGUGCAGAGGGUGGUUGUUCACGAGGUGGUAGGAAUCUCUCGGUGUAUUCUCGGGGAGGAGAAAGGCCCGCACGGGGGGAUGGAGUUCCAUCUCAAGACUGAGGGGAUCAACAUGAUGGAGAUGUACAAGCACGCAGACUUUAUAGACGUGAACAGACUAUACUGUAAUAGUAUCCACCAUGUGGCCGACACGUAUGGCAUUGAGGCGGCCAACAAAGCCAUCAUAAAGGAGAUAGAGGCUGUGUUUGCAGCGUACGGUAUCCAAGUCGACCAUCGUCACCUGUCCCUUGUGGCCGACUACAUGACCUUCGAGGGCGUGUACAAGCCCUUUAAUCGACGCGCCCUUGAGACCAACCCCUCGCCGCUCCAGAAAAUGAGCUUCGAGAGCACCAUGGGUUUUAUACUGUCCUCCGUUAUUAACAAGAAUGUUGAUAAGCUGUUGUCGCCUUCGUCUCAGAUUGUUGUUGGCAAGAAUGUUACCACGGGAACUGGCUGCUUUGAACUAUUUACCCCCAUGGUCGUGUCUUAGCACAGAUGUCGAUACCCAGUGUUCAUGAGUCAUUAAUAAAUAAAUGUUAUGUU